GCAGGGCUGAGCGUUCUCACCUGGAAGAAGGAUGUGGCUUUGAAGCAGUCGAUGAACUGGAAAGGGGUCUGGAUUAUUGCGGGCGAUUUCAAUACACCUCCGGAGGAGAUCGCGGCCACAAAUGUUUUGGCAGAAAUGAACGGGUGCCUUUGCACGGUGGGGGUGCCCACCACUGACCAAGGCAGAGAAAUCGACUUUGCCAUUGUUCACAAGACCCUGGAACCACUCAGUCUACUGCGGAUUGACUGGUCAGUGCCACACAAGCCCCACGCUUCCCUCGCCCUGCAACUUGAGUUGGGUGAAGGGCUGUGCCCUGCCAUGAUGCUAGAACAGCACAGCAUGCACAUUGAGGUUGCCCAGGCAGUGCAGGGCGAUCAUAACAGCAUGGCCAGUCCGCCAACCGAAGGGAAGCCAUUCCAAGGGGAAUGGCUACAGGAUAAACUCCCACAGGAUGAGGCUACCCAGCACUUUGCCCGA